UCGAGGCCUUAAGAAACGAGAAGUUGUAUAUGGAGGUGUAUCAAAGACAGGAAAACCUUCGCUUCUACGGCAUUGCUGAAUCUUUCCACCUCUCAGAAGAAAAUGUCAAAGAGGUGUUAAUUGGCUUUAUACAGAAGGAACUUAACAUCAGCGAGGCGGAUUCUUUUGAGUAUCAACGAGUGCACCGCAUUGGCAAGCGCGACCCAUCGCAAGAAAAACCAAGACCAAUAAUCGCACGUUUUUUGCGAUACUCCGACAGAGAGCGAGUCAUGUCAAGUGCAAGAAAGCUGAAAGGAACUGGUUUCGGAAUAUCGCCAGACCUUCCGAAAGAAAUUGUGGACCGCAGAAAGGAAUUAAUGCCUAAGUUCAAAAAAGCAAAAGAAGACGGAAAAUCGGCGUUCUUCAAAAGAUCAGAGCCGGACAAACUUUUUAUUGAGGGUAUACGAAUCUUCUAAUUUCUUUGGAACAUAAACUCUCUAUCUAGGUAUUCAUAACAUGUAAGCCUCAUUCACACUUGUUCUUAAAAAUGGAGCUGCAUGCGUGUCAUCUAGUUAGCGCAAUGCGUGCAAGACCUAUUCCAUUAGUAGCGCAAUUAACAGCUUUUAUCGCUGGCUACUGUUUUACAUACAUGUUCAAUUGUAGUUGUAGGUGUUAUAAAUGUUUUUCUUUUGUUUCUUUUUCCUUUUCAAUAUUAAUUAGUUUUACCUUUUUUUUGUUCAAGAGACAUGCAAAUUUUUUCAUUAGCUCAUCUACUAAAGAUUACUAUCUCAUUCUCUGCAACUGCUCGCCUUUUCACUUAAAUAUGUCCUU